GAGGCUGAGUUGUACUUGAACGCAGCACUGAUCGUACACAGGCGCAAAGAUGCAGCGAGAGAGGACGACCAACGCCACUACGGCUGAAAAGCCCGACCGGGAGGCCGCCAUCAUGUCCAAAUACUACGAUGGAGUGGAGUUUCCUUUUUGCGACGAGUUCUCCAAAUAUGAAAAAAUGGCCAAAAUAGGACAGGGGACCUUUGGGGAGGUGUUCAAAGCAAAGCACAGACAGACUGGGAAGAAGGUCGCGCUGAAGAAGGUUUUGAUGGAAAAUGAGAAAGAAGGAUUUCCAAUCACAGCAUUGAGAGAAAUCAAGAUCCUGCAGCUGCUCAAACACGAGAAUGUGGUCAAUCUGAUCGAGAUCUGCAGAACCAAAGCUACACAGUUCAACAGAUACAAAGGCAGCAUCUACUUGGUGUUUGACUUCUGUGAGCAUGACCUGGCCGGGCUGCUGAGUAACGCCAAUGUUAAGUUCACCCUGGCAGAGAUCAAAAAGGUCAUGCAGAUGCUGCUUAACGGACUGUACUACAUCCACAGAAAUAAGAUCCUCCACAGAGACAUGAAGGCUGCCAAUGUGCUCAUCACCAGAGAUGGCGUUCUGAAACUGGCCGACUUUGGAUUGGCCCGAGCCUUCAGCCUGGCUAAAAACAGCCAGGGCAACCGCUACACCAACCGUGUCGUGACACUCUGGUACCGACCUCCAGAGCUGCUGUUAGGUGAGCGGGACUACGGACCUCCCAUUGACCUAUGGGGAGCAGGCUGCAUCAUGGCAGAGAUGUGGACCAGGAGUCCGAUCAUGCAGGGCAACACAGAGCAGCACCAGCUCACUCUGAUCAGCCAGCUUUGUGGCUCCAUAACUGCUGAGGUGUGGCCUGGCGUGGAUAAGUACGAGCUGUACCAGAAGAUGGAGCUGCCUAAAGGCCAGAAGAGGAAAGUGAAGGAUCGCCUCAAAGCCUACGUCAAAGACCCUUACGCACUGGACCUGAUAGACAAGCUCCUGGUCCUUGACCCGGCACAGCGCACAGACAGUGACGACGCGCUCAACCACGACUUCUUCUGGUCUGACCCAAUGCCGUCAGACCUGAAGAACAUGCUCUCCACCCACAACACCUCCAUGUUUGAAUAUCUGGCCCCACCCCGACGGAGAGGCCACAUGCCCCAGCAGCCGCCCAAUCAGAACAGAAACCCAGCGACCACCAGUCAGACCGAGUUUGAUCGAGUGUUUUAGUGGUUGAAGUUGGUUUUUAAAGGGCUGUCACUUUUCAAUUACACACACACACACACACACACACACACACACACACACACACACACACACACACACACACACACACACACACACACACACUAGUCUGUAGUACUCGGGCUGUUUCCAUCUUUCCCGCGAUUACCUUGUUACAAGCUUCUGACUACAAUCCUGAGAAGGAGACUGGCAAAACUGCUAGAUGUUCGAAUGACUUUCAAAAAAAAAAAGAAAAGGUGACAGCCCUAGUUCACGGACAGUUUGCCUGGUUGGACUUCUUGUUUGCUGAUUGUAUCUUCCAGCCGGCCUAAUAUUCAGGAAAGCUCCAUGUUUCUUUCUGGUGUAGGUUUGUUGAAAACUGGAAUGUUGAACUGUGCAUUUCUUUGUACGAUUACUGUUCCGUGUGAGCGUAUGGCAGAGUGCAGGAAGAGGACUGUAAAGUUUAUGCGGAGCCUUUUCUCAGCCAAGUUAUUACAUUCAGGCUUCAUGCUUUUUUUGUUCAUCUCUGAAGACAUGGUUUGAGUUGGUUCACCUUUUAUUGAGCAAGGCCUCUGUUAUAGUUUUAAUUUAGAUCUAUGAAGUUGUGAGUCUUUUCACACUUGUUUUUCUUAAAUAGAUUUGUAUGAAAAAUACCGUCUACACAGUGGAUUGAGAAAGAAUUUACUUCCGUCCACUUUUUCCCAUUGUAUGUGGUACCCUUAUGGUAACUAAUUGUGUCUCUCAUCAUUCUUCACUCAGCACAAACAAUAUGAAAACAAAUAUUUUGAAAUGUUAAAGUAACAAAUUCUGUUUGGCUUUUUCCUGAGGUAUAGUGUUUAGAUUGAUAAGGGCACAAAAUGAGAGCAAAUUACUUCAUAAAGCUGCAACAUAACAAAAGCUGAGGUCAGUGAAGGAGUCAGAAUACUUUCUGAAAACACUGUUUACAGACAUUGUAGUGUUUUAAUCUCUUUAUUUAUGUUCAGCAAGUCCAAAACGUUUAUCUCAUCACAUCAUUAAACUAUUUUCUUUUCCAGAGACAUGGCCAACAGUCACUUAAGACUAACAAAAAACAAUUGUACCACUGAACAGAUAAACAUUUUUGAAAUAUUUACUUUCA